ACAAUUGACAUUGUCAAACAUCAGUCACUGGAUGAAAAUGAAAAGUAAUCGGUGUAUAAAUUCGGACGAGUAGAACGGGCCAUAUUAAUUUCCAAUUGUUGCAGAAAAUAUAAUAAAUUUUUAUCACUAAGUGUUUACUACAAUAUACGCAGUGUAUGUAUUCAUCAAAGGAGAUAGAAAAGUGAACAAUUAUCUGUUUGCGUAGUCUAAAGUGUUGAAGUGGUAAGAAGCAGUGCAAGUUGAUGGUGUAUGUGGGACGGUUUUAGCAGAUUGUGUGUGCUUUACAAGAAAGUACGAAAGUAUGCAAAAAGCCUGGUGACCAGCCAGGUAAUAAACACAGGUGGACUGUUCAUUUAGUAGUGCGACGCUUACUAAUUGACUACUAGCUAAUUAGAAACUACAUUUCAUACCAAUUGGUAUUUGUCUUGCUGGCCAUGUAAAUAAAUGCACUUAUAUUAAAGUAUAAGUAAACAGGUAUUUUGCAGCUUUUGCUUAAGUAAAGAAUUCCUUCAACUUCCGGCGCGGAAUCAGUAACAUACAACAAUUUAAGAAUCGGCGAACAAAUGGAAAAAUUCAUUGAAAUUUGUGGCUUGCUCUUUUUAUUAUUGUGAUUGUGUUUGCGUGUUCUUUUAAACUGCUGGUCGCGGUGGUGAAAUAUUUAGCGCAACGGCAGUAAUUUCCUUUUGAUGUUGGUUGAGAGAAAACAAAUUUCACGCUGCUGCAGUUCAUUCAAGCGCUUUUAUUUGCCUUGGCAUUUAUAUUGGAUACCAAAAAACUUGAAUUUAAAACAAUAAUAGAUGAUCAGAUGUUUGAACUCAUUUACUAAUUGGGAAAUUUUAACGGUUUUUACUAGAGUUGAUCAACGUAUGGUUUUCAAGGCCUUCCAACGUUGCCAGCCGAUCUACACUAAACCAAUUCCGCUUCCCCCAUACCGAUUGAAAAGAUAUUGGUCAUUUGCAUUUGAACAUUUCAUAGCGUCAGUACAACGGUUUCACGCUUGAUCGGUUGAAAGAAAAACAGCAAAAGAGGAAUAAAGUGUGCUGCAAAAAUUGAAGCUUAUGGAAAGAAGCAGUAGAACUGCGAGCGUAAUUAAGCCAGCGAAUACAUAAAUUAAAAUAAAGCAUAAAUAAAACGUUCGACCAUGAUUAUUGCCUAUUGACCGAAAGACCUACUGAUGAGAUCUACUGAUCACCAAAACAAAGCACAGCUGAUCGGCAAAGUAGUGGUUACCAGAGUAACCGCAUUCUACUCUGCGGCAGGCAUGACUCAUUCGCUGAUCAGAUGAAGUGCAGAUAACUACGAAUGUGUAAAUGAUGGAAAAAAUUGAAGAGCAGAAAAGCUAAAAAAAUAAUAAAUAAAAGAAAAAAUAAAGUAAUAAAUGAAAUCAAUGAAUGCAUUAAUAUGCAAAUUAACUAAACCACAACACCAACUAUAAAAUCUUAACAUUUUUGUUAAAACGUUAAACAAUGUCUAAGUAAAAACCCAUACAAAACAAAUAAACAGAAAUAUUCACGUCAACGACCACCGUUCACCAAUUGUUUCACCACACUGUGAGCGCCAACAAACUUCCACGCGAACGACAAAAGCAAAAGCAACCAAAAUCACACAGCAAACGCAAAAGUAAUAAAUUUUCAUUCGUAGCAACGUGUUCAUCACUAAUAAAAAAAGUCAAAUAAAAUCACUUUCAAAGUUCAAACGUCUCGUUAGCUCCGUUACAAAUUACGACUCACAGUGUUACUAUGAGCGCGUAAAAUAUUCAAAACCAAAAAAAGAAAAUAGAUAAAUUAAAUAUCCGAAAAUAAUAAUUACUUUAGCAACACCACCACGUUUUCAUAUAUACCCACUUAUCACGAAGCGGAAGAAUUUCGACAUAUCUAUAGCGGACUGAUAGUAAAUAUCAGCAACCUUGCGCUUCUACAUAUUUAGCAAAUUAAGUGUAUCACAGUCGACAAUCGCUCGCUCAUCAAGCGGUCACAUACACAUCAACACGCCACCGCAAAGCAUGUUACAACUGCCAACGCAAUUCAGAUACACUUUUACCUUUUCAUCGGCAAGUUGAAUGCCAACGCGUGACGUUAAUAAAAAUAUACAAAAAUUUGUUGAUAGUAUAUUUGCUUUAAUUUUUGCUAAAUUAAUUGUGUACACGAUUUUUUCUCCAUACCUUUUUAGCUUUACAUAUGGUGCUUUUAAAGUUUAAUUAAUUUUCUAAAACGUUCUUUCAAAAACUUCGUUGUAAAGUCUAAAUGCAAUUCAAAGGAAAAUAGCAAUACAGUAAUUUACAGUACACACUUGCCACACAUACAAUACCACAUCACACCACACCAUACGACGUACACAAUCAUACUAUAUUUCCUGCAAUAUGUCCGCAAUGAAUUUCACGCGUAAACUGCGCGGUCGCAUGCGUUCCAAUACCUGCCGCAUUGUGUUGCUUACCUCACUGGUGUGGGUGAUUGUGGAUUUUGUACUGAUCGCGCACUAUUCGGAUUGCAUUGGGCGCGAUGGUUGGCGGUGUAAGCGGCCGGGGGAAUACGAUGUGGAGUUGCCCGAUGCACAAAAGCUCGUCGAUGAGCAAAAUAUGGUCGAUGACAGUGAAAUUAACACAGAAAAGAAAAUGGAUGGGGAUGCUGGCAGCGGAGGCAAGGGGCCGGGCGGCUUUGCGGGUGGCGGUAUUUCUAUGACAUAUCGCACCACGAUAUUGAAAAAAUGGCACUCCGCACCGCCUGUAAGGGAGGAAAAGGGCAAGCAGGGCGAAAUGGGUAAACCAGUAAAAAUACCACCGGAAAUGAAGGACCUGAUGAAGGAGAAGUUCAAAGAGAAUCAAUUCAAUUUACUAGCCAGUGACAUGAUCUCAUUGAAUCGUUCGCUGACUGAUGUGCGACAUGAGAAUUGCAAGAAGAAACAUUAUCCAUCGAAAUUGCCAACAACCUCAAUUGUGAUAGUUUUCCACAAUGAAGCGUGGUCAACGCUGCUCCGCACCGUGUGGAGUGUCAUCAAUCGCUCGCCACGUACGCUACUCAAAGAGAUUAUCCUUGUGGAUGAUGCCAGUGAGCGUGAUUAUUUAGGUAAGAAAUUGGAGGAGUAUGUGGCGAAUUUACCGGUGCAUACGUUUGUGCUGCGAACAGAAAAGCGCUCUGGCUUGAUACGCGCCCGCCUGCUUGGCGCCGAGCACGUGACGGGUGAAGUCAUCACUUUCCUGGAUGCUCAUUGUGAAUGCGCAGAGGGUUGGCUGGAGCCGCUGUUAGCGCGAAUUGUGCAAAAUCGUCGCACUGUAGUGUGUCCCAUCAUUGAUGUGAUCUCCGAUGAAACCUUUGAGUAUAUAACCGCUUCUGAUUCGACGUGGGGCGGUUUCAAUUGGAAGUUGAACUUUAGAUGGUAUCGUGUUCCUCAACGUGAAAUGGAGCGUCGAAAUAAUGAUCGCACAGCGCCGCUCCGCACGCCCACCAUGGCCGGUGGCCUAUUUUCAAUCGAUAAAGAUUAUUUCUACGAAAUCGGCUCGUACGAUGAGGGUAUGGAUAUAUGGGGUGGUGAAAAUUUAGAAAUGUCCUUCCGGAUAUGGCAAUGUGGCGGCAUUUUAGAAAUAAUACCCUGCUCACAUGUGGGUCAUGUCUUCCGUGAUAAAUCGCCUUAUACAUUCCCUGGCGGUGUGUCCAAAAUUGUGCUGCACAAUGCGGCGCGUGUAGCCGAAGUGUGGUUGGAUGAGUGGCGUGAAUUUUAUUAUUCAAUGAGCUCAGGGGCACGCAAAGCUAUCGCUGGUGAUGUGAGUGAUCGUCGCGCGCUACGUGAACGACUUAAAUGUAAAAGCUUCCGUUGGUAUUUGGAAAAUAUUUAUCCGGAGAGUUUGAUGCCAUUGGACUAUUACUACUUGGGGGAGAUUCGUAACGGCGAAACGGAAACGUGUCUCGACACGAUGGGCCGCAAGUAUGGUGAGAAGAUAGGCGUUAGCUAUUGCCACGGGCUGGGUGGCAAUCAGGUAUUUGCCUAUACAAAACGACAGCAGAUCAUGUCGGAUGAUCUAUGCUUAGACGCAGCGAAUCCGAUGGGUCCGGUGAAUAUGGUACGUUGCCAUAAUAUGGGUGGCAAUCAGGAAUGGGUUUAUGAUGCUGAGGAUAAAACGAUACGACACUCUAACACUGGCAAUUGCCUGCAACGUCCGUCACGUAGUGACCCGGUGACGCCGCUGUUACGCCCUUGCGAUUAUUCAAAGGGUCAACAAUGGUUGAUGGAAUCUAAGUUUAAGUGGCAGGCGCAUUAGUUGUUGUUGUUUAUAAUCAUGAUAUUUACAAUUAGCUAGAUAGUUGUCAUAUAUAAAUAUAAAAUUUUUUACAUGUUAGUUAACUUUUUAUUGUUUCACACUAAUAUUUACUGAUUACUGUAACUAUAUUACACACACAUACAUAUAUAUACUAUACAUAUGUAUAUGUUCUUUUUUACUAUUCAAAUAUGUUCUUGUAAGUUUUAAGUAAUCUGACUAUUGUAAAUUUCGUUUUUAAAUUUGUCGCAAACGUAAUGGCAAAGGCAAAAAAGAUAUCCAUUAAAAUAGCAAGUGGAACUCACGCAUAUACGUACAUACAUAUAUAUAUAUAUAGUUUAAAUAUGAGACGUUGAGCAGAAAAAUGCUUAAAUAUAUCAUUACGAUAAAGUAAAUCUCUAGCAAAGUGUGUGCAGCAACAAAGUAAUUCAUUAUCUUUGUAAAGUCUUCCCUAUGAUAACAGAAAGAGAAAAAGAAAUAGGUGUGCAUGCGGGAUAUGCAUAAAAAUAAAUCAUACCGGACAUACAUACAUAUAUAUGUGCAUACGCGUGCAUACACACUGGCAUACAGAGUAAAGUCUUUAUAGUUUGGCAAUUAGAGUAAAUAUGCAUGGAAGUAAGAGUUUUUGUUUUGUAAAUAAUAUAUCCUGCAAGAUUAUGAAUGAAUUUUUGAAAAAAAAACAACAAAUAUAAAAUAAUUAAAACGUCCAUUCCAAAGCAAAAAUAUAAAAAUAACACUUUUGGUGGUAA